GAAAUUUAAUGGUAUAAUUUGAACUUUGAAGUGUCAUUGGUCAUUUGGUACUUUUUUUUUAUUAACAACAAAAAUAUGACGGAAUCAACUUUAAGGGAGUUUGAUAAAAAAGAAUUUAUUGUUGAUAAAUAUGUAAAUUCAUUAGUGCGAGAAUCGGUAGGUGCAUCCGAACUACAAAGCAGAAAAGCUAAAAUUCAAGCCUACAGUGACAAAACAUCGUCCACCCUCAAAAAACAUGUCUACGCCAACUAUAUGCAGUUUAUCAACACUGCCAAGGAGAUUUCUCACUUGGAAUCAGAAAUGUAUCAACUGUCCCACAUUCUUCUUGCACAAAGAAAUAUAUUAGGUUCGCUAAUUGAAGGCUCAGCAGCAAAAUCUAGUGGAAAAGAGCCUGUUGCCUUAAACGAAGACAACGAAGAUGUCCAGAGCCAACAAGCAGCUAGAGCGAUUAAAGAAAUAGUCCAAGGGUUUAAAGGUGAUCUCGAAGGAAAAGUAUUCUUACACGAAGGAGCAUUAAUUGAAUUGGAUUCUAAUGAUUAUAGACCAAUUCAAAGAGUUUUUUUCUUUUUAUUUAAUGAUAUUCUGAUAGUGUGUAAGGUAAAGCAUGAUAGGAGAUUAGAAUUUGUAACUCAGUAUGACCCAAGGAAAGUUGCGGUUAUCAACAUAAAAGAUUUGGAAGGGGUAAAGAAUGCUAUAAACAUCAUAACACCAGAUGGCUCGAAAAUUAUUCAGUGCGUGACGCUAGCUGGAAAGAAUGAAUGGAUAGAAAAGUUUGAGGCAGCAUUCAAAUUUAAUCCAAAUAACAAACAACAUAAAAAAGGUCCAGCCCCACAGCCGCCAAAACUUCAAAAACAAAGUUCAUCUCUAAGUACAAAGUCUUCUGAAAGCAAAUUAAGUCCAAACGAAAAUAUAAAUACUAUUGAAGAAAAUUGGGGUCCCGAUUGGCUAUCAUCGGCCCCUGAUGAAAUCGAGGCGUUUAUUGUUCAACGACACUUUGAAGAUGCUUUAGGACUGCUCCAAAAGUCCGAGGAGCAUAUUAGAAAAGAUGCAACGUUUUGGAAUGCAGCCGAAAUAUCAGCAAAAAUUAAAAAUUUGCGAACUAAUUUAGUGAAUGUACUGCUCCAAGAUUUAUCUAAUUGUCAAAACCGUUCAUUACCACUGGCACUACUGCUAUCUGGGAAACCUUUAAAACUGCUUGUUGAAAUGCGCCGAGAAAGGCAAGCUUGUGCAACUUUAUUGAGAGUGAGUACAGUGACCAUUCGUGCUUCACAGCGUGAGACGCGUCGAGGGAACCAGGAUAUUUCUCAAAUCUUCUUUCGUGACAUGGCACAUGUAGUGACGGAGUUCUUAAAAGCCUUCGGAGAGCAAUCUGCUUGCGUUAGUUCUCUAAUAGUUUGGUGCAAUGCUGAGUUGCAAUAUUUUGCAGGACAGUUGAUUAAACAUUACCUUAUAAAGGGUGUUCUAUUAGAAACUGUAGCAAAAAUCGUUGAAAGUAUAAGAGAGCCCUGUUCCAUACUUACCGAAAUUGGAUUGGAUUUGUCAUACCAUGUCGAGGGACUACUUCGCAACACUCUCGAUCAAAUAAUCGAAGAUUCACGAAUUCGGUUACUUGAAACAAUUGGGCGCACUGAAGAUGCAUGGACUCCACAUAAUUUGCAAAACAAACCGAAUGUGAAGAAAUUCUUAAGAGAUAUGGACAAACUCGGGAUCAAUAUGAAAUCACAAAUUACUGGGGAUACCUUUGUUAAUCUAACUCAAUCAACUGUAAAUUUCUGUAGACAUUUUCUUAGUCUAACUGAAAGUUGUGGCAUUUUAGCAAAAAAUGAGACAUUAAGACUCAGCGUAGAAAUGCUUCUUAGAGAUUUAUUUAUUGGACAACAUGCUGUUAAACCAGCUCCAGAUGUAACAGUUGAUCCUAAUUUUGUUAUUAAAAACAAAAAUUAUCUGGUUGAAAAUCUUCUGGUGACAGCCUUCGAUAGAUAUGAAAAAUAUUCCGGAGUUAAAAGUGAAAUACUAAUAGAAGUCUACCAUCAACUUGGAACAAUGCCAAAACCAAAACCACGCAAUAUAUAUCAAACUGGUGUUAUAUAAAUUUUAUUAAAAAAUUAUGCGAUCAAAUCAA